CUCUUCUCAGAUUCUUCAAUCGGACCCAUAUAUAUAUUUGGUUCUCUCCUUUGCUCCUCCGGUCUGUAGUUUUCGUUCUCAAAACUCCAACUCUUUCUCUCUUUCAAUCUCACCAACCAUGUCUGCGGAAUCAGCCAGCGCAAUUCAGAGAAGCCAAGUUGAUCUGAUGGACUUCAUAGAUUGGUCUGGGGUUGAAUGCCUCAACCAAAGCACCAGUCACUCUGUUGCUAACGCUCUUAAGCAGGGAUACAGAGACGAUGAUGGUUUGAAUCUAGAGAGUGAUGCGGAUGAGCAGCUUCUGAUCUACAUUCCUUUUCUUCAAGUCAUUAAGCUGCACUCUAUUGUCAUCAAAGGACCUGAAGAGGAAGGUCCCAAGACAGUGAAGCUUUUUUCAAACAAGGAGCACAUGGGUUUCAGCAAUGUCAAUGACUACCCGGCAAGUGACACAGUUGUUUUAUCGCCUGAUCAUCUAAAGGGAAAACCAGUUGUUUUGAAGUAUGUCAAAUUUCAAAAUGUUCGCAGCUUGACAAUUUUCAUUGAGGAUAAUCAGUCUGACUCAGAAAUCACAAAAGUUCAAAAGAUUGGCCUGGUUGGAACAACGGUGGAAACAACUGACAUGAAGGGUUUGAAGAAGAUUGAGGAUGGACACUGAAGAGACUUACAAAUGGAUGAUUGAACAAAGGUGGAUCAUCUAAAAUCAUUGUGAUUGUCUAGCAAAGCCAUUUGUGUGCCUGGGUUCUGUGGCAUAUUGUACUUGAGAUUAUAAUCAAGUUCCUAAGAGAUUAUUCACCCUUUGUGGGAUGCUAGGAUGAUAGGAACCUUUUAUUGACUAAGAAAGAUUUGAAGUUAUCGUUCUUCCUGAGAAGCAUCAUAUUUGAUUGAAAA